AUGACUAUGCGCUUCAUUUUCGCUUUAUCUCUUCUUUCUGUCUUCUGUGAUAUUCUUCUGACUGAAAAAAUGUACGAAGUUUUUUAUCAUCCAGAAUCAGUUUAUUUGGAGCUUGGUAGACCUGAAUCAAUACUUAUAGGAUUGAGUGCAACAAUAGGUUAUUGGGCAGAAUUUGAAUCACAAUAUUGGGAUCGUGAUGGCAUAAACAUUUCAUUAGAUAAGAUGAAACAUUCUAUAAUCCGACCGAUUGGUAAACUUCAUAUAGACAGAAAAUAUUCAAGUGCAUUCAAAAUCUUAAUUGUUCCUAAGUCAAUUGGUUUUAUAAGUUUAGGAAUUAAAUCUAGUAAACAAAUAUCAGUUGUAAAUGCAGAAAAGCCACUGUGUCAUAUAACUGUGGUACGCCAACGCUCUUUAUAUACACUUCAAAUGGUGAUGGGUUGGCUUUACUUUGCUGCUUGGACAAUCUCAUUCUACCCUCAAUUAAUUAUGAACUGCAAACGAAGAAGUGUGGUUGGAUUCGACUUCGACUUUGCUGUGUUCAAUGUGGUUGGAUAUUUCUUCUACAAUAUCUACAAUAUUGGUUUGUAUUGGAUUCCACUUAUUCAGAAACAAUAUUUGACAAGAAAUCGUCUCGGUUCAAUACCAGUGAUGAUAAAUGAUUUGGCAUUCAGCAUUCAUGCAUUCAUUAUUUCAUUGUUGACGAUUUUUCAAAUUUUCGUCUAUAAGCGUGGUGGUCAACGUGUGUCGAAGAUAUGUGUGGGAAUACUUGUUUCAUUAUUUAUCUAUUCAGUGAUCUUUUGUAUUCUGGGUUGGACUGAUGUCGUCGAUUGGCUGGAUACAUUGUACAUGUUAUCUUAUAUUAACCUGUUCACUUCAUUCAUUAAAUACGCAUCUCAGGCUAUCAUCAAUUUCCGUCACAAAAGUGCAAAGGGAUGGGAUACGCCUACUUUAUUAGAUUUUUCUGGAGGAGUCCUAUCCAUUGCACAAAUGGUGACUAUAGCAUACAAUAACAAUGAUUUAAGCAGUAUAAUUGGAUCACCUACUAAACUUGGAUUAGGAAUUUUAUCAAUGGCAUUUAAUAUUUUAUUUAUGAUACAACAUUGGAUCUUUUAUCAAUCUUCAUCAUCAUCAUCAUCAUCAUCAUCAUCAUCAUCAUCAUCAUCAUCAUCAUCAUCAAAAUCACUCUCUCAGCUGCAAUCGCAAACAUAA